AUGAUGUGCAUCACUUGCAGGGAUGAUGAAAUUUCCCCGAAACUUGGCCGUGGUAUCGAUGAAGCAGUUCUGCUUGCUGCUAAACAUGCCAUCCGUGGUGUUCAUCAGAUCAUCCUGAUCGUUAGUGCCGAUGGUACAAGCAGGUGUCUGCUGAAUUCAAAUCUCUUUAGCAACAAACUUAACAGUUAUCAGUUGCGUCAUUCCUUGCCCUGA